UUUACUGGCAGUGUGAACGGCUCAGCAAAAAAAAUCGGAAUUGAGUCACUUCAGGCUGCAGGGUGAACGCAGCCUUAGAUUCAUAGCCAACUUUUAAAAAUCUCAAGAAAAUGACUGAGAACUCAACUUUGACCUGGGAACACAUUACAGGCGUGACUCUGUCAUAGAUGUCAUCAUUCACAUGCAGAAAAUGCUCACUACAUUUUGCCAUUUUCUGGCGCCCCCUCUAGGGCAGCGCCCCUGUAGGUUUACCUAUUUUUAUCAAAACACAGUCACUUCCAAUAACUUCCAGAAACUCCUGAAGUUAUGGCCAUGAAUGACUCUGUAGUUAAUUAUUCGGGUCUUUUCUCCCCCGCUGGAUGAAAGCUGGUUUGUUUUGAGGUCUGAGCAGCCGCUCCUGAUGAUGAUGAUGAUGAUGAUAUCUGCGCGCCUGCAGGUGAUUCCUUUAAGACCAGGGGGAGGAAGAGGAGGAGUGCAGCGGGUCGCCACGUCUCAACACAUUCCAUAUUCUCUGUGGCAGCCCGGUGACCUGGAGCCUCUUCCUGCUGGUCCUGAUGCUGCAGCUGCUGCUGAUGCUGCUGCUGCUGCUGGGAUCAUGAAGCGGCUCUCAGCUCUGGUUGCCUCUGGAAACUCGCCUCCUCCAUCAUAUUAAUGGAAUAAUAAUGUGAUUGAUUGGUCAUUUCCGCGGAGAAAUGCUGUUUGCUGCUUCCUGAGCGCGCAGGGAUCUUCAGAGAACUUUGCUCCUGCUGGUGAGGAGGAGCCGGACGGGCAGGAGGUCCAUUCAGGUUUUCAUUUCCCCGCUUCUGCUCCGAGGAGGAGGAGGAAGAGGAGGAACAUGGAGCCCCUCCGCGGCUCUCCGGAGCGCAUCAGGCGGUUCCAGCAGCGGGAGCUUCCGGCUGCUGAUGUGCAGCUCUGCGAGCGGACCGAGCUGUAGCGGAACCGAACCGAGCCGGCUUUCAGCGCGUCCCUGCGUCGCAGUAGAGGACGGGGAGGAGGAGGAGGAGAAGGAGGAGGAGGUGGAGGAGGAGGAGGUGGUGGAGGCAUCGAUGCAAUUUUAUUUUGACUUUGCAUUUUAUUAUGAGCGCAGAGGAGGGAGAUGCGGGACCGGCGUGCGGGGAGGCGGCGGGAGCUCCGGCCGCCAAGCAGCGCCUCACCUGGGAGGAGAGCGACCCGCUCGGCUCCCAAGGACGUCCGCAGCCCGACGGCGAGGAGGAGCCGCAGCCCGGAGAGGAUGAGGAGGAGGAAGAGGAGGCAGAGGGCCGCGCGCCUGCGGCUGACGCCGAGAAAAUCAGCGGGGAGGAAAACGGGGGCAAUACUUCCAGCGAGGAGGGGGCGGUGGGGGGCAGAUGUGGCAAAACGCGGGCGAUGCCUUCAACCUGCAGCAGCGAGACGUGCAUCCCGACCCCGAGCUGCAGGAUCUGCUUCCAGGGAGCCGAACAGGGUGACCUGUUGAACCCGUGCCGCUGUGACGGCUCGGUCCGCUACACCCACCAGCAGUGUCUGCUGAAGUGGAUCAGUGAACGCGGCUGCUGGACCUGUGAGCUCUGCUGCUACCGCUUCCAGGUCAUCGCCAUCAACAUGAAGACGCCGUGGCAGUGGCAGCCCAUCACCAUCACGCUGGUGGAGAAGGUGCAGAUCAUCGCCGUGUUCCUCGGCUCCCUCUUCCUGGUGGCCAGCAUCUCCUGGCUGCUCUGGUCGGCUCUCAGCCCGCAGGCCGUCUGGCAGCGCCGGGACGUCCUCUUCCAGAUCUGCUACGGCAUGUACGGCUUCAUGGACCUGGUCUGCGUAGGCCUAAUUGUCCACGAGGGGGCAGCAGUGUACAACGUGUUCAUGCGCUGGCGGGCCGUGAACCUCCACUGGGACGUCCAGAGUUACGACAAGGCCAAGGACAUGGAGGAGACGAGCACCGGCCACUCCUCGCUGGGCCCCAGGACGCUCUGGUUGCCCCUGGCAACCCUCGGGCCCAGCGGGCCGCUGCACCCCACCCAGCUCGGGUCACGGCCGUGGACCUGCCUCUGUCUGGCCCCGUUCUGCCCCGGGCUGGUGCCCGGAAACAGUCUGAGCCAGGACGCCGACUCGGGGGAGGUGGUCAUCCGCGUGACGUCGGUCUGAGCCUCGACAGGUGAAACUUUACCUGAACGUUCAUCGUGACGUCGGCCUGACCGUUCAUCCGCGUGACGUCGGCCUGAACGUUCAUCCGCGUGACGUCGGCCUGACCGUUCAUCCGCGUGACGUCAGCCUAGGCCUCGGCAGGUGAAACUGUCGUCUGAACGUUCCUGCUUUUAUUGGUUGCUGCUUUUCCGGUGUUUCCGAUGAGUUGGGCUUGGUGUUUGCCUCCGGGGCCGGUCCCCAAACCAACCUCAGCCAGAUAAGGACGGAUGUGUUCGGUUGGCACUGUGACGUAACCCUCUCAUCCGUCAUGAACAGUUUACAUGGUAGCAUCUAAGACCAAACUGUUGUGUUACAUCCGGGUUCUCUGGUACUUUAACGCUUUGACGCCGCAUCAGGAAGGUCAUUUGAGUCCAACUGUCCUAAAGUCAUGUUGGUUCUUUAGGAUUUAAAUGAAAAAGGUUGAAAAAGUUUAGUGCCAAGAAGUUUUGUCAGAGGGAUUCGGACUUUAAGCACUGUGAGCAGAAUGACGUCACACCAGAAACUCAUUAUUUGUUCUUCUCUGAGGAAACGACUUCCUGUUUUGGUUCCUGGGUUUCACCUGUCAGGAUGUAAUAAAAAUGUUUAUUUUGCUCAGAUUUGAAAAGGCACAAUUUGGAGUUUGGUCUUUGACUAGGCCACUGCAACACUUUUAUUGCUGUUUUUUUUAGGAUUUUUGUCCUACUGACGGUUUCAGCUGUCGGAUAAAUGGCCUCUCAUUUGACGCUUUAAUACUUUGUUACACAGAGGAGUCAUGGUUGACUCAGCAGCUCCUAAACAAUCCCAUAUCAUCAUUCUUCCUCCACCGUGCUCGACAGUUGGUAUGAGAUGUUUUGUGCUAAUAUUCCAGGUCCAAACAUCAUAACUUACUGUUCGAUCAACGUUGUUCCUGAAGUCUUAAAGUGGCGGUAUCGUGUUUUCCAGGCUCAUGGUGCCAUUUUAGAGCACAAUCAUGUAGCUAUGUUACCUUCAGUUCUUAUGAAAAUGCUGAAUUCGCAAUUUAACACCUUGAAAUUGGGCCUCUGUCUCUUUAAGAACCUCUUACUCCUUCCAGCACUGCGUCUUCAGGGCUUCAUCACAGCAACGCUCCUCCAUUAUGCUGUUUAUAACCGUCCAACCAGGUGUUUGCUAACAGCUGCUACCGCUAGUCUGGAGGAGCAGAGUGGGGAAGCUCCCAGGAGGUUUGUGGGAAAAGACGAAAAAAUGUGAGGGUUUUAGGCACACUGAAUGGUUGCCAUGGAGAUUAAAGGAUUUCUCAAACAUG